AUGGCAGCUUCCACUCCAAUAUCAAGAACCAUCUACAUUGGAACGUUUGCCCACAGCAUCUCCCUCACAGAACUUGAGAUCUGCGAGAACGGAGUUAUCGGUGUUGAUGAAAACGGAGUCAUAGCCUUUGUCGAGAAAGAGCUGGACCUAGAAGCUGCAAGAGAGAAGCACUCAUGGCAAAAUGCAACACCUCUCCACCUCUCUAGGAACGCCUUCUUCUUCCCCGGCUUCAUCGACACACACACCCACGCCCCACAACACCCAAACACGGGUCUUUUCGGUAAAACCACUCUUCUGGAUUGGCUACAGACAUACACCUUUCCUAUGGAGUCCUCUUUCUCAGACCUCAAGCGCGCCGAGAUAAUAUACCGCAACUUUGUUUCCAGAACUCUCUCGCACGGCACAACAACAGCAGCCUACUACGCCACCAUCCAUGUUCCUGCCACCAAUCUCUUGGCUGACGUCUGCCUUGCGAGGGGUCAAAGAGCGCUGGUAGGGCGAGUAUGCAUGAACUCGGACUUAUCGCCUGACUACUACCGCGACGCUUCUGUCUCCCGAAGCGUAGCAGACUCGAAGGCGAGUAUCGACUACAUCCGUUCCAUCGACCCGAAAGGCUCUAUCGUCCGUCCGGUAGUUACACCGCGCUUCGCACCGUCAUGCACAUCAGAAAUGUUGUCCGCCAUCGGGAGAUUAGCAGAAGAAGAAGACGCGUACAUACAAACGCAUAUCAGUGAGAACAAGGGCGAGAUUGCGCUGGUGCAGGAACUGUUCCCGGAGAGCAAGAGCUACACAGACGUCUACGACACAGCGAACAUCCUGACACCGAAAACCAUCUUAGCGCAUGCUAUUCAUCUAAGUAACGACGAGCGACGCACCAUUCUAGCCCGCGGAUCGUCCAUUUCUCAUUGUCCCUGCAGCAACACCGCCAUCACAAGUGGAUGCGCACCGAUCAGGGAGCUGUUAGAUGAAGGCCACACGAUCGGACUGGGCACAGACAUAUCCGGUGGCUUCCAUCCCAGCAUCCUGGAAAAUGUACGACACGCAAUUUGGACGUCGCGACACUUGAGCAUGCAGAGCGAUUUGGGUGAAAAGGCAAAGCUGAGCACCGAGGAAGCGUUGUAUCUUGCUACGCGCGGUGGUGCAGCCGUGGUAGGCCUGUCCGACAAAGUCGGCGCGUUCGAGGUCGGAAUGGAGUUCGACGCCCAGAUGAUUGACUUGGGAGAUGUAGAGAAUGGAGGAUCAAACGAUAGCCAGUUUAAUGCUGGGCCUGUGGACAUAUUUGGCUGGGAAAGCUGGGCCGAUAAAGUGGAGAAGUGGGUAUAUUCUGGUGAUGACAGGAACACAACAGCUGUGUGGGUGAGGGGGAGGCUGGUGCACAAGACUUCGAGAUAUCAGAAGCUGCAGCCUAAUGGAGCAGCGACACCAUGA